AUGCAUACAUUUGAUGCCACUGUAGACACAAAAGCAAUGCCAUUUGCCUACCUUGAUUCCAAAGAUUCACCGUGUAAAGAUCCAGACCCACACAAACUUUGUGAAAGUCCUCUUUGUGAUGUUACAGAUUUAGACUGCCUUGUUAUCAUACCAUCCAUAAGUGUUGUUUCGAAAAUUCAACAAUCCUGUCCAAUCUGCACUGAUAACCUCAGUAAAAGAGUGAAUAACUUAGCACAUAGUUCCAAUGAAAGCUCACUGAAACCAACAACUCAGUCAAAGAAAAAUCAAGAUAACUCUGAUGAUGAAGAUGAUGAUAAUGAUGACGAUGAAGAAAAUACUAUCUCAGUGAAUCACAGAGACCCAUCCUAUUAUUUAUCCAACCAAUGUUUCUCGGUUCUGCAGCCCAAUAUUAACCAUACAUCACAAUCAGCGAAUCAGUCAAGUACUAACAAUCCAAAUCAGCCAGCUGCUUUGAACAUCACAAUUGCUAAAAUGUCCAUUGGGAAUUCAUUGUUGAUUUUCUUACCAGCCAAUGCAUCCCAGGCCACAAUUUUGGGAAGAAAUGGAUCCAAUGCUUUCACAUUCAUAGUUUUAUUGAUAGCGAAAUUGUACACAAAUUCUGGACAAUAUCAACAUCUUCAGCUUGGCCGUAAUGGUGAUUUAAAUCAGUAUUGGUUAACGUUGUUAUUGUCAGCUAUGGCCAGAGGCAAACAGCUAUAUGAUGCUGUCACUCAAGGCUCUAACCAAUUCUUUAGUGUUGCUGAUGCAAGAAACCAUCUUUUAGCAGUUAUUUCUCCAGUUACAUUAGAAGACACCUUUGAUGUCACCUUWACAUGUGAGAAUCCUCAAGUGCCUCAGAGUUCUUUGAGUUUUUAUUUGCAACGACUCGUUCUUGAACGUCCAUUAGCAGCUCUUGUUAUCAUCGAUGGGAUGACAGUGUGUUUUGUUGGUCAAAACAAUUGUGUUUACUUGAUUGAUAGUCACCCACAUAUCGAUCACAGAAGGGCUUUUGGUGCUUUCGUUGGCAUGACACCUGUGAAUAACCUCRAAGAGUUYCGUGUCAAUGUUAAACCGCAAAUUUCGCCUAAUUUCAAUGUCUGUUCAUUACAGUUCGCAUCGUUUUGA